AAAGAGUUCCUCUCCAAGAUGAAGACUGACUUAACUUAACAUUGAGGCGUAGUUCUAUUUCAAUAUUUAUAAUGAAAUAUUUAAAGAUAAUUCCUGAAAAGAAGAGUCUAGAUGAAUGGAGGAGCCAGCACUAUUACAUUUGUAAUCUAUGAAUAAAAGCAUUAAAGUUCAAGGUCACCAUGGAGAUCGCAGAUCUACCAGAAGAGAUGAUGCUUCUGAUUUUCUCAUACAUACCUCUCUACAAUCUGUUCUUUUCCGUUCAGAAGACUUGUAGAGCUUGGAGAAACCUCUGUUUCCAUCACAGUCUGUGGACAACGGUCCAUUAUAGCAAGGAAAUCGACAACAAGCUAUCCAAGGAAGAACUGCAUUUUAUUCUGAAGUGUGUUUCUAGAGGACUUCAGCAUCUGGUUUUUGAGAAACCAUUUCAAGUCAAAGAAAUGGACUUUAACUUCCAUAAAAUACUCCAAUGUAUUCUACAUGAAGAUGUGGAUAUGACAAAUAUUUCAACACUAAAAAUUCCUUCUAUUCCAAAACUGUAUUUAGAACCAUUGGUAGAAAAGUGCUGUAAUUUGUCCUCUGUUGAAGUCAGCUAUUAUUAUGCUUACUAUAACAAUGGCGACUUCUUUGAAAAUAUGAAGAAACUCCCACAUCUAAAAGUAUUUAAAAUAACAGAAAGUUCCAAGUCAGCAGAAGCAAUCAUAGAACCAGCUCAGCACCUUCAGGCCACAUUCAAUGCAUUCUUGACCGAUAUGUUUUGUACUCUGACGACUUUAGAAACUGUUCAUAUUGCCAGUGUGAACAAACUAAUGGACUCGACACUGCAAGCCCUUCUCAGAAACUGUAGAAAUCUAAAAGAACUGGCUCUCUAUGGGUGUGACAGUAUAUCUAAUGCUGGUUUUAAGGCUUUAUCAGAGAAAUCCGGGAUAACUUCUCUUCACCUGAAUUCUACAAGUGUUACAGAUAAAGGCAUGAAACACAUCUGCAGAUGUUGUCCUAAUCUUCGCAAUGUGUCAUUUGCAGGUUGUAUGUAUGUCACAGAUGUGUCCAUCAAACACUUAUGUACGCAUUGUCCAAACCUUGAAUCUCUGUGCGUCUCAGAUCCCGAGAUUUUUUAUCAUAAGUCUAACAUUACUGAUGGGGGACUGGACUUUCUGUCACAAUACACAGGGGCCCUGAAAUCUCUAACGAUGGGCAACAGUGCUCAAAUUUCAGACUUGGGCUUAGACCAGCUAGCUAGAAGCUGUAGUAAACUCACGCAUCUAGACGUGUCUGGUUGUCUGUCUGUCACUGAUAGCACACUUCAAGUCUUAGCACAGCACUGUGCUUUUCUUCAAACUGUGAAUUUCAGUGAAUGCGUUCAUUUGACUGGGAAAGGCAUUAAUCCACUUGUCGUGUCUUGCAGAUGGUUAGAAACCCUAAAUGUGGCUAAUUGUCCUUUUGUGGAAAAUCUCAAUUUUGAAGCUUUUGACCAAAUGGAAUCUCCAUAUGGCAGGUAUUUCACAGAGCGUGACAUAUUGUUAACAUCUUCUGGUACAUCCGAAGCAGUUGAAGUUCAAGAUGACAAAAAUGAUUUACAGAAUUCUGAUGAAAUACCACAAAGUGUUGAAAUUUUACCAAAUCCAAAAAACCAAGCCAGGUUAAACUUUUUAAAUGCCCUGUCUUCAUCAGUUCCUGAACCAAAAAUACAUUCAGAGUUACGAUUCUUGAAUAUUGGAUUAUGCUCCAAGGUAACCAAUCAAUGCCUUCGUCAGAUCGCCACCUACUGCCCCGACCUGCGGAGUCUAGAUAUAAAUGGCUGCUUCAACACGUCAGACCAGGGAAUAUCCUACAUCGUCAAAGGCUGCCAAAGCCUCGAACUCCUGAACCUCUCUAGUGGUUCCAUGAUUCAGAAAAUGUCUCAGACCGACCAGUCCCUGGAAUUAAUAGCUACGCAUUGCAAGAGUCUUAGAAGACUCCACGUAGAAAAAAAUCCCAUGAUGUCCCUGGAGGGCUACAAGAAUCUCUUUAAUAAUUGCCCCCUCCCCUUCACCGUAUCCCUGACUACAAAAUCUCCGGAUAUCCUGAGGAGUGAUCUAUUGUCAGUGGACAGUUCAAAUAAGUCUAAAAGAGUCAAUGUGUUCAGUAAGGGCUGUUUUAAAGGCAAUCUUCAUCAGUUAGAUGUCCUUCUCUACAACUCCGAUGGGAAUAUCCUAGAGUGAUAAUGCAUGAACAUUUGUCAUUGUUUGUGUAUACCUAUAUCGACUAAAAUCUCUUGUUAAUCUUGUUGUUUUAUUAGUUUUUAAUUAAUAGUUAAUUCACUUGUACAACUGUUUUUGUAAUAAACUGUUCUGUUAAGUUUUUAAACAGUCAA